AUGCCAUCCACCUCUCUCCUUCGACAGCCUCGUGGCUCCUUGACCCCUUACGCCGAGAACCAAUGGGUUAGAGGGGUGCGUCCAUUCGUUGCUACGGCCGCCAACCUCCGCCGUGAAGAACGCCGCCUUGGCAGGGGCGCGCGGCUCCACAUUUCAUCCCCACCUCACAACAGCUUGCCGGAUGAACGACGCGCUGCGAUCACGCAUUGACUCUUUCCCCUCUCCCUUACCAGAUUCCUAGUCCCUACUACAACGAGUCGCACGAGAAGCUGCGCCUCGCCGCUCGAGCAUGGACGGAGGAACACCUCAUGGACGUCGGUUUCGAAUGGGAGGAGAACCGCGAGAUCGAUCAUAGCGUUUAUCAGCAACUCGCCAAGGAUGGCUUGCUCGUGUGCUUGGCCUUUGGUGCCAAGAUCCCCAAGAAGUGGGCCAAUGCAAAGGGAGAAGGUGGGGCAUCGUCGUCUCUGAACGACUCAAAGCUCACUUCGAGCUGAUCGGACUCCUCACGGACGUUCGUAAUCGCAGUCUUUGGCGGCAUCAAGGUCGAGCAAUGGGAUGGCUUCCAUGAUGCGAUCCUCAUUGACGAGAUGCUUCGUUGCGGAUCGCUUGGUGCGGUGCAAGGUCUCAUGGGUGGGCUGCAGAGUGAGUUUGCCGACUCGGUUGAUAUCAUCACGCUGAGAUCGUCUGACCCCACAUCUUCCCCUCGCCGCGCGCAGUUGGUCUUCCCCCCGUCUUCCACUAUGGAUCUCAGGAGCUUCAGAAUCGCAUCUUGCCCGACGUCUUUUCGGGCAAGAAGCGCAUCUGUCUCGCCAUCACGGAGCCUGAGGCCGGCAGUGAUGUUAAGAAUCUGAGCACCUCCGCCAAACUCAGCUCCGACGGCAAGCAGUGAGUGGCAACUCUGGGACCAGGGUCUUCGCAUCACCGGAAGCUAAGGUGCUGAUGAACGGAUUCUUUACAGCUUCAUUGUCAACGGUGUCAAGAAGUGGAUCACGAAUGGAAUUUACAGCGACUACUUUACGGCCCUCGUCCGAACCUCGGGCAAGGCGGGCCAACAAGCCGGCAUCUCCUUCUUGCUCAUCCCUAACGGUCCCGGUGUCACACGUCGCAAGAUGCUCAUGUCAGGUCAAUGGUGCGCCGGUACGACCUACCUGACCUUUGAGGACGUCAAGGUCCCCGUCGAGAACCUGAUCGGUGCCAAGGAUCAAGGCUUCAAGCUCGCCAUGCAAAACUUCAACCACGAACGUCUGAUGAUUGUGUACAACUCGCACCGUUUGGCUCGCGUCUGCCUCGAGGAUUCGAUCAACUAUGCGAUCAAGCGCAAGGUCUUUGGCAAGGCUUUAAUUGAGUCCGAGGUCAUUCGCCUCAAGAUUGCGCACAUGGCGAGGGAGGUUGAUGCGAUGCAGACUUGGAUCGAGUCGAUCGUGUACGCGGUCGAUACAAUGCCGCAUGACGAAGCGAACGCCCAACUGGGUGGUACGACGGCGAUGCUGAAAGCGCAUGCUUCGCUCGUCUUGGAGAUCGUUGCGAGGGAAGCCGUGCAGAUUUUGGGUGGGAUCGGCAUCACCCGAGGGGGUGUCGGAGAGAGGAUCGAGAGGGUUCGAAGGGACGUCAAGGGCAUUGCGAUCCCGGGAGGGUCCGAGGAGGUGAUGCUCAUGCAGUCGAGCAAAGUCGCGAUCCAGCGGUUCCAAGCCGCGCUUAAGGCGGCCGAACAGAACCAGGCCAAAUUGUAA